UUGUCCUUGGGGAAGAGAGGUUCCAUGGGAUUUCCAACAUGUCAUUUGGUAUCACUUUGGCAAGACCAGCAUUGAUGUUCGACAUAAAAACCAUCCUUUCACUGUAUACAGGUGAAGCAAAAUUUGCACAUAAUUUGCAAACUUACCUGCUAUCAAGAGAUCAUUCCAAUUUGAAGUCUGAGUUUCAAGAUGGAAAUGGAAAGAAAAUUGUUGAUUCAAUUGAACAGCAACCUGAUGUAGGAGUGGUUGUCGGUGAGCAUGUCUUUCUCACUGUGGGGGACUAUUACCUUACUAGAAAAUCUGACUGAUUUGGUUGAAGUGUACCUUUUUGAUCUUUUAUCCAGUUGAUAUGCCAUCUGUUUGCAAGAUUAGGAAGACGGAAUAUACCCCAGGCGAGCCCAUUUGUAACGGUUGGCAGUUUACAAUCAUUAUUCUUUUACUGUAUAGAGGAUCUCACAUCUUAUUUAAAGAUAAAAACAGGCGUCUUGAUGUAAUCCUAGAUAAUAUAAAGUCAAUUAUUUUG